AUGGAGAAAUAUUCGAAAUGGAGAGACCCCGGAACGGGCAUACAACCCUUCCUGCCUAUCAUUCCCCCUCGUUCGGUCUCACCGAUCUUCGUAGCCCUCCUGGGGCCUUUCUCCUUGGUACACGCGAUAGCUCGAACCAUCUUAUUGGGAGUGAUAGCUUUGCUCCAUGUUAUCCUGGUUGACGGGCUGUGUUUGAUUUUUACCCCCGUUCCACCAAUAUAUCGAUUAGUCUCAUCUGGAUUUACAGCUCUCACAUGUAGAUUGGCAUUGGGGAUCAUGGGUUAUUGGUGGAUUACUACCGAUAUCUAUUCGCCCAAAAGAGGUAAAAAUGGUGUAUCACAAAUAUCGAAAGUAUCACCUAAGAAAGGUGAUCUGAUAAUUACCAAUUGGACCAGCUACGUCGAUGUGUUGUAUCUCGCUUUCAGACACAAUCCGACAUUCCUCUUACCGAUCUUCUCCACUCCUUCCUCUUCUACAGCUCCCACAGCCAAAACAGGUCGACAUACCGGGACGGGCUCAGCCUCUAUUAACCUCUCGUCUUCUUCCGCUCAACCAAACUUGAUAGGCUAUGAACCUAUCCCCUUGCUUGCGCUAUUAGCUAGAACAGGUUCGUUACCACCCACCUACGAUCUAUCACCUAUCACGAAGUAUUACAAGACCCUCAGAGAAGCGAGAAGGAAAGAAGGUAGACCUGUCGUGGUGUUUCCUGAGGCCACAACUUCCAAUGGAAGAGCGAUACUCAAACUCGCAGAAGGUGUUUUGGAUGGAAGUGAUUUUAGUGAUGGUGAGGAUGGGCAAGUGUGGAUCAAGUAUUUCAGACACUCCCCUCCUACCGCUUUUGCUUCCUCUGCAACCUGUCCUAUACCCACGCCCCUCAACCAUCUCGUAUUCUCUCUCUUAUACACUCCAACACCCAUUCCAUCAAGAUCUUUACACGUUCGCACACUUCAUCCUUCAGCCUCGCCAUCAUCACCUUCGUUCUUGCCUUCCGAGAUACUCAACAAUGCCCCUGGAGGUUUAGACAGUGCAGCGAAAGAUCCAAAAGCAGUAUGGAGAGAGGCUAUAGGUGUUGUGUUGACUGAGACUGGUAGGAUAAGGAGAACGAGGGGUAUGGGUUGGGUGGAGAAGGCGGGUUUCUUAGAUUAUUGGGGCAAUAAGAGGAGAUGA